AUGUACGAGCGACUGGGUGCUGCAGUUCCGUUGUUCAAAUACAUGUUACCUUUGAUUGUAGUCUACUUCGCAGAGUAUUUCAUCAACCAGGGAUUGCUAGAAUUGCUAGAAUUUGACUGCUCCCACGGAUUCAGUCUCGGUCCCGAAAGCCAAUAUCGGUGGUACCAAGUACUAUAUCAAAUAGGAGUAUUCAUCUCGAGAUCAUCGUCCGACAUCAUAGCCCUUCCAGGCAAAGUACUGCCUGUACUAGCUCUCAUGCAGGUUUUCAACGCCGUUCUUUUAUACUUCCAAGCUUUGGACGGAUUCAUUUCUCAUAUUUUCAUACUAAUGUUCAUAAUUGUUUAUGAAGGAUUGCUAGGAGGUGCUUCAUACGUGAACACAUACAGGGUUGUUCACGCAGAGAUACCACCCGAGAGGAAGGAAUUCAGUAUGGGUUUUGUCUCCAUAUCUGACACGUUUGGAAUUCUGCUGGCAGGCUUUACAGCAAUCCCUGCACAUAACAUCAUCUGCAAGCAACCGCUGUAG